CCUGUCCCGGCUCUCCCUGAACCUCCGCCGGCUCUCCCUGACCCUCCGCCGGCUUCCCUGUCUCCGGCUCCUUCGCCGGCUCUCCCACAGGGUUCUGACCCUCCGCCGGCUCCCCCGGCUCCUGCUCCUCCACCGGCUCCUAUUCCCCCGCCGGCUCCCCCGUCUCCUGCUCCCCCGUCUCCUAUUCCUCGGCCGGCUCCUAUUCCUCCGCCGGCUCCCCCGGCUCCUACUCCUCCGCCAGCUCUCCCGCCGGCUCCGGACCCUCCGCCGGCUCCCCCGGCUCCUGCUCCUCCACCGGCUCCUAUUCCCCCGCCGGCUCCCCCGUCUCCUACUCCUCCGCCGGCUCUCCCACCGGCUCCGGACCCUCCGCCGGCUCCCCCGGCUCCUGCUCCUCCACCGGCUCCUAUUCCCCCGCCGGCUCCCCCGUCUCCUGCUCCUCCGCCGGCUCCUGACCCUCCGCCGGCUCCCCCGUCUCCUAUUCCUCCGCCGGCUCCCCCGGCUCCUACUCCUCCGCCGGCUCCCCCGGCUCCUGCUCCUCCACCGGCUCCUAUUCCCCCGCCGGCUCCCCCGUCUCCUGCUCCUCCGCCGGCUCCUACUCCUCCGCCGGCUCUUCCGCCGGCUACUGACCCUCCGCCGGUUUCCCCAUCUCCUGCUCCUCCGCCGGCUCUUCCGCCGGCUCCGGACCCUCCGCCGGCUCCCCCGGCUCCUGCUCCUCCACCGGCUCCUAUUCCCCCGCCGGCUCCCCCGUCUCCUGCUCCUCCGCCGGCUCCUGACCCUCCGCCGGCUCCCCCGUCUCCUAUUCCUCCGCCGGCUCCCCCGGCUCCUACUCCUCCGCCGGCUCCGGACCCUCCGCCGCCUCCCCCGGCUCCUGCUCCUCCGCCGGCUCCUAUUCCCCCGCCGGCUCCCCCGUCUCCUGCUCCUCCGCCGGCUCUUCCGCCGGCUCCUGACCCUCCGCCGGUUUCCCCGUCUCCUAUUCCUCCACCGGCUCCCCCGGCUCCUGCUCCUCCG